UUACCGGGCAGACCAACCGGAGUUACCGGACAGCAGGCAGCUGACCAUGGAGAACACGAGGGCUGUUGUGUUCGAUGUGGGGAGCGACUCUAUCCGUGCGGGCCACGCGGGAGAGGCCGGCCCGACAUACACCACGCCGACACUCGUGAACAUGACCCAACACAACUCCACCACCACCACGCACCACCCGGCAUCUGGUUUCGUGGGCUCGGACGCAUCAGCUGAUGAUGCACCGACAGUCAGCCCCGUGCGUAACGGUGUCAUUACGCACUGGGAGGCCAUGGAGAGGCUGUGGGAACGCGCUUUCUGCCAGCUUAACGUUCCUUCGGAGAAGCACGCAGUGUUGCUGUCAGACCCGCCAAUGGGACCACGCACACAGCGGGAGAAGCUCGCGGAGGUCAUGUUCGAGACGUUCUGUGUUCCGGGGCUGCACGUGGAGAACCAGUCUGUGCUGUCGGUGUACUCGAGCGGCAGAACUUCCGGACUUGUCGUUGGGAGCGGCACGGGCUGCACAUACGCCACACCGGUUCACGAGGGCGUCUAUCUGCCCAGCGCCACCUGUUGCGCGGACUACGCGGGAAACAGCCUGGAUCUCCAUUUGCGCACGCUACUGCAGGAGUCCGGGAGAGAGAUACCCGAGGACAGGCCCGUGGUCACGGACAUCAAGAAGAAAUGUUAUGUCAGUGCCGACAUCCAUACAGAGAACCUCAAAAUACACCAUCCGAUGGAUUACGUGCUCCCAGACGGCCGUAAAAUCAAGUUAGGGCACGAGCGGUUCCUGGUCCCCGAGGCUCUGUUCCAACCCAGUGGCAUGGGCUCGCGGGAGCCGGGACUCGCCACGCUGGUGAUGAACUGCCUGAAUAUGUGCGAGGUGGACGUGAAACAGGCUGUCCGGGGCCAUGUGUUGCUGUGUGGAGGCUCCACACUGUUUCAGGGACUACCGGAGAGGCUGCAGAGUGAACUGACAUACGUAGGAGGAGGUGGAGGAGGGGGAGGGGGAGGAGGAGGAAGAGGGGGGUUACGGGUGGUGGCUACGGAGGAGAGGAGGAACGCCGUGUGGAUCGGGGGGUCAAUACUUGCCUCCCUCAACUCCUUCCAAAGCAAGUGGAUGAGGAGAGAGGAGUACCAGGAGAAAGGAGCUCAGGCUGUGUUCCGAGCCUUCAUAUGA